AUGCCGACCGCACUGUCCACCGACCUGUACGAGCUGACCAUGGCGGCGGGCCAUUUCGGUGCGGAUACGAAUCGGUCGGCGACGUUCGAGCUGUCGGUCCGAGGGCUGCCGCCGGGGCGCGGGUACCUGCUGGCGGCGGGGAUCGAGCCGGCGCUGACAUAUCUGGAAGAGCUCCGCUUCACGGCGCCGGAGAUCGACUACCUCCGGCAGAUUCCGCAGCUCCGGCGGGUCCCGAGCAGCUUCUUCGACGAUUACCUGCCCGGGUUCCGGUUCACCGGGGACGUGUGGGGGAUGGCGGAGGGUGAGCCGGUUUUUGCGAACGAGCCGUUGCUGCGCGUGACGGCGCCGCUCGUGGAAGCGCAGGUCGUCGAGACGGCUCUUCUGUCGACGGUGCUGUUCCAGACGUCGGUGGCGAGUCGCGCCUCGCGCAUGGUCCGGGCGGCGGCCGGGCGCCCGGUCUUCGAGCUCGGCGCGCGACGCGCGCAUGGUGCAGAGGCCGGCGCGCUCGCGGGCCGCGCGGCGUUCGUGGGCGGUUGCAGCGGGACGUCGGACCUCGAAGCGGGGCUGGCGUUCGGCGUGCCGCUGGCCGGCACGAUGGCGCAUUCCUGGGUGAUGAGCCACGAUUCGGAGACGGAGUCGUUCGUCCGCUUUAUUGAAAUGUACGGCGAGCAGACGGUGCUCCUCAUCGAUACCUACGAUACAGGGCGCGCCGUCGACCGACAGUCGCCGCGGCGCGCUCUCGCUCUGUCGUAG